GGAAGCACGUUUUAGAAGGCUGGGCAAAUAGCUGGAAUUCCGUUUCCGUUCCUGUUCCUGGGAUUUUACUCACUCCCUCAGCGGGGGAAAUCGCGUAUUAUUUACACUUUUCUGACCUUGAUCGUUUGUUUGAACCGAUGGCGUCUUCCCCGCAGAAAUCUCCGUCCUCUCCAAAGUCGCCAACUCCAAAGUCUCCGUCCUCCAGAAAGAAAGAUGACUCAUUUCUGGGCAAACUUGGUGGGACUCUGGCCAGGAGAAAAAAGGCGAAAGAAGUAUCUGAGCUGCAGGAGGAGGGGAUGAAUGCCAUUAAUCUCCCCCUGAGUCCCACACCUUUUGAGCUUCAUCCUGAGGACAUCAUGCUAGAGGAAAAUGAAGUCCGCACCAUGGUGGACCCCAACUCAAAAAAUGACCGAAAACUCCAGGAACUCAUGAAGGUGCUCAUCGACUGGAUCAACGAUGUUUUGGUUGGGGAAAGGAUCAUUGUGAAGGACCUGGCUGAAGAUCUUUAUGAUGGACAGGUUCUCCAGAAGCUCUUUGAAAAGCUUGAAGGUGAGAAGCUGAACGUUGCAGAGGUGACUCAAUCUGAGAUUGCCCAGAAACAAAAGCUGCAGACGGUUCUGGAGAGGAUCAAUGACGCUUUGAAGGUCUCCACCAGGAGCAUCAAGUGGAACGUCGACUCGGUUCAUGCUAAGAGUAUUGUGGCCAUCCUUCACCUAUUGGUUGCGCUCUCACAGCACUUCAGAGCACCCAUUCGCCUCCCUGACCAUGUGUCCAUUCAGGUGGUUGUGGUCCAGAAACGAGAGGGCAUUCUUCAAUCCCGCCAGGUUAUGGAGAAGAUCACUGGCAAUACAGAGGCAUUAUCUGGCAGGCACGAGCGUGACGCGUUUGACACCUUGUUUGAUCAUGCUCCUGACAAGCUGAAUGUGGUGAAGAAGACUCUAAUCACCUUUGUGAACAAACACCUGAAUAAACUGAACUUGGAAGUAGCUGAACUGGACACGCAGUUUGCAGACGGUGUGUAUUUGGUCCUGCUGAUGGGACUUCUGGAAGGAUACUUCGUCCCCCUCUACAACUUCUUUCUGACACCUGAGAAUUUCGACCAAAAGGUUCAUAAUGUGUCUUUCUCCUUUGAGCUGAUGCAGGACGGUGGCUUGGAGAGGCCCAAACCCAGGCCUGAGGAUAUUGUGAAUUGUGACUUAAAAUCGACACUGCGAGUACUUUACAACCUUUUCACUAGGUACAGACAUGUGGAAUAAUCUAAAACGGGAAAUAUGUCUAUGCGGACCGCUAUUUUGAGUUUUAAUGAGGCUGACAGACAAAACAUGCUGUUAAAUGUUAUAUCAUGCGACACUCUACUCUUAUAUGACUAAUAAUUGUCGUAAGUAUUUUUCUUGUCAUCUAGAUGGAUGUAAAAACACUAAAGAGAAGAACGCUAUGCAUUUAAAUGUUUUUGAUAAAGCCAUUCCAUUCCUCAAAUGAAGGCAUGACUUUACCUUUUACCUGUCAAUGCAAAUAGCGUCAUAAUCGGUUAGAAAUGUAUGAAAAGCAGACAUACGAGAGAAAAUACCUAGCUUGCAUCCUUGCACUACACAUUAUAUCACAUAAAACACUAUCUUAUCUUGAUUCACAGCAUCCGCUCUCUUACGAAGUCAACCCUAGCAGCUGUGUUAGAUUUAAGGCAGCUGUGUUUCCAAGUGGAUAUUCGACCAAAUAAUUAGUUUAAUUGUAAUGAGUUGCUUUUUUUUUUUUUUUUUUUUUUUUACCGCAUAUCUUAAUAAGUCAAGGCUUAGUAUUGAUUUACGUUUUCAUAACUGUCUGCACUUGCAAAGCUUAUCUGAAUCGACCAAAAAUGUUUUUACUCGCGUGCUGCUGUCACACACAUCUGGCGCAGUUUAAGGAACUCGGAAACCCAAUCGUUAUUAAUUUAUUUUCUCACGUCUUAAAGCGCGGUGACUUGGAUCGCUGUUGGGAAAAUAAAUUGUAUUUAAACUAAAAGCAGUGCAACUUUUGUGUUUGUGUAAACUAUUAAAAAACACUUUAUCUAUGCAGUUGUUAUUGCAGUGGAGUCGUUUGUAAAAUUCAAUGUCCAUGUUUUAUCUCCACCUGAAAAAUGUUA